AUGACCGCCUUCUUCCCUUUCGUGAUUGUCCCAGCCAUCGGUUUUUCCAUCGGCCUCGAGUUCUUUGUGUUGCUGCCAAUGCAGAAAUAUUACCCUCGAUUCAGUCAUGUCUUUUCUCCAGUGGAAUGGAUUCUCUGGGGUGUCCCUACGAAUGCGGAGCUUGCUGUUGAGAUGUUGACGCGUCAAGAAGACGAAAGGCGGCGCACCCUGGAGGAAGCGGAGCCGAGCAUUGGAGGCACUGUCGAGUCAUUGACACAUGGAGAGGAGGAGGUCCACGAUUCUGCGUCCUUCAUGUCUGGUCUCUCUCCGGCAUCCAAGAUCAAGUACGAGUACCAGAAGCGGGCAAGGAAGAGAUCGGACUCUAGUGGCUCAGGAUCUAUCAUGGAGAUGGACAAUAUGUCCUUGCAUGACAAGAAUGAAUUCCAUUGUCUGCUCCGAGGCAAACCCGGAAAGCUGGUGAUCUUGGAAGAGGCGCUCCAAUUUCGCUCUGCCAAGCUGCUGGGGCAUGAUGUCGAGACCCUCAUCAAAUGGGAAAACAUUGACUCCAUCAAGAAGUCCAAGUCGAUGAAUCUGGGAAUCUGGUCGAUGCCGGGCAUUGACGUGACGGAUAUCAGUGGCCGAGUUACCACCUUCCACAACGUCGUCAAGCGGGAUGACGCCUUCCGGAAACUUGUGGUGACCUCUGGCAAGAAAUGGAGCAAUGUCUCUUAG